UGGAAUAGUGUCGGAUAUUGUUGGUGUUGUCCUAUUGGUUCAUAGUUUAUUUACAUGACUGAAUGCAAUGUCGUUCAGAUCUACUACACGACUGAUAUUAAUCGUAUUGUUUUAAAUGCAGCUUAUGUGACGAUAAAGAUCCUAAUUAUGCAGAUGUAGGCCUACUGUAUGCUCCAUUUCCAUUCGUGCAUAUGCAUAUAAUUUAUCAUAUGGAUAAUGUAUAUAUGCCAACCUUAAUGAUGAUGCAUUGAGUGUUGAAUCUUCCUGGCUGCUGUGAACUAAUAAAAUAUCUAAUUAUCCCCGAAUGUGUAUAGCCUACAUGUAGGCUAUUUUAUAUAGUUGUAAUGUUUGUUACUGGUAAUUUAUUACGCUUUUGAAGUAAAGCAUCGGGCUGACUUCAGAUGGGAUGGCCCUGCAAAGGCGACGUGCAGGCAUCCGAGUGCUAUACGACCUCAGACAGACGGAUCAGGCUCCGUGCACUCCGAUAUCCUAAUUAUUGUGUUUCCUAUAUAAUGGUGUGACUUGGGUAGGAUGACAACAAUGACAACCCCGAUGACGCUUAUGGCCUCAUCUAUCCCUAAACAAUGUUCCCGGAGACCCCCCUCAGGUGACCCCAACAGGCGCAUCUGGAGACAGAUGUGAUCGCACGUUUUACAUGAUCAAAGUCUCUGCCGGUGCGGUUAUCGAGCGACGCAGCGCAAAUAGUUAAUUUCCUCCACUAAUAUGGUCCUUCUCUAUCAGCUGAGCUUUGUUCUGUGUGCAGAUCGCAACAGACGCGCAUCUGUUGGGUGGCUGGUUGCGGCGCCCUGGUUUAGUCUCAGUCAAUGCCUCGGUGGAUGGCCGACCGUUUCUCCCCGACGCACAAAAGCUCUUUUUGUUUCUUUCUCUUUUUUUUCUUUUUUGUUCCGUGCUGAGCGACGGUCCCAAAAGCCAACAGAAAGGCCCGUCGAAGUGGCCGACUUCCCUUUGGUGCAGGGGAAGGAGGGAUUUUCAGCCCGAGAAGUUUCAAAAACUCCUCUAGUUUCCGAUAAAAGGGGAGGGGGGGACUCUUUCCUUCACCCUGUGCUGGGUCUCUGCUGGGUCUCUGCCGGGUCUCUGCGGUCCACGGAAAGGGGGCCGUUCUUCGCCGCAUUCCUUUCAUAGCGCAGUCCCAGUAGAGAGCAGACCUCCACUUUUUCCCCCUGCCGCCUUUUUAAUAACUAUGAAGUCAGGAGAGACGUGCCGAUACUUUAUGGCGAACCACAAACGCAACUCGCCAUCCGUCCGUCCGAUCAAAAGCGCCAUCGGCGCAACGCAAGUGAACUUUGUGGGACAUUAAGUGCAUUAAUACUUGGACAUGGAAACGAGCGAGUAACGGGGAGCCAUUCCACCGGACGUCGGUAUAAAGAGUGGUUUGGCGUGAGCGACGUGGACCAGCGCCUCUACCUUCUGGAGCGUCUGGAGGACCUGCUGAGUCUACAGGAGGACCAGAGCCCGGGAUCGGACGGCCCCCAAGCCCUCUCCUCGCCCCCCCACACCCAGCCCCUGCCCGGACACCCCGGCCAUGAGCAACCCCCUCCCCCACUGAGCACCCCCCCCGAAAAGAAAGACUUCACAGAGGGCGAGUCAGAGAGAGAAGAUUUUGUGGAGGAACUGCAGGAUAUGGCAGUAGAAAUGUUUCGGAAAAAAGCCUCUUCCUCGUUGAGAAUGAGAAGAAUGACAGAGAGCUCUAGAUGGAGCAUAGACCGUGGGCGGAGCCUAUCCUUCCAUGAGGGGCGUGGCCAGCGCGAGGCCGAGAUGAGGGCUGCCGCCGAGGAAGCGUCCAAUAGCAGCGCAGGAGGAGGAGGAGGCGGAGGAGGAGGAGGAGGCAGCACCGUCCUACAGCGCCUCCUGCAGGAGCAGAUGAGCCGUAACUACCUGCUCAAGCAGCAGCACGACGGAGCCCGCGCGGGCCCCGGCCCCGGGUACCCCACCCCGGGGGGCCCCGUCGACGACCACUCGGCGACGACCCACAACGCCCGCCAAGAGCCCCAGGGCCAGGAGCUGCAGGCGGACAGCGGCAUGGAGAAGCUGUCGGCACCCCGCGGCGGCGGCGGCGGCAGCGGCGGCGGGAGCCUGGGGGGCCCCAACAGCAGCGGCGGCAGCGGCGGGCAGUGCCAGGGGCCCGAGGACCUGCCCACCUACGAGGAGGCCAAGGUGCAGUCGCAGUACUUCCGCGGCCACGGGCCCCCCCAGCAGCAGCAGCAGCAGCCGCCCCCGCCCCACCCGGCCUCCGUGGGCGCCGCCUUCUACGUGACGGGCAUGACGGGCGCCAAGGUGCGCACGGAGGGCCGGCCCACCGUGCAGCGGGUGAGCGGCGCGGGCAAGGUGCACCAGGACGACGGGCUGAAGGAGCUGAAGCAGGGCCACGUGCGCUCCCUGAGCGAGCGGCUCAUGCAGCUGUCGCUGGCCACCAGCGGCGUGAAGGCCCACGCGCCCGUCACCAGCGCCCCGCUCUCCCCGCAGCUGCCGCCGCCGCCGGGGCCCCCGGGGGACUACUACAAGCCCCAGCACCGGGGCCCCCCGCCCGAGUACCCCUUCAAGGGCAUGGGGUCCCCGCCCAAGCAGCAGGAGCCGCCGGGGGGCCACUUCUACCAGGAGCAGAGGGUCCGCGAGCACUCCCGCGAGGUGCCCCACGUCCGGUACCAGCCGCCGCCCGAGUACGGCUCGUUCAGGUCCAGUAAAGACGGCUCGGUGCACUCCCAGCGGACGCUGCACCACCACAGCCCCACCUCCUCCGUCACCUCGGUGGGCUCCCUGUCCCGCACGCAGUCCUCCACCCUCAGCAGCCUGCUCAGCUCCUCGCACGCCUCCUACUCCCCGCACCCCUCGCACGGGGCCCACCCCCAGAGCCAGGGCGAGCUGUACCCCGGCAUGGGCCCCCGCGGCCCCCCGGGGGGGCCGCCCCACCAGCAGCAGCAGCAGCAAGGGGAGCAACACAUGUACGGCCCCCCCCCCCAGAGGGCCCAGGUCCUAUCGCAGGACCCCUACGGCUCCACGCACAGGAUGCACCCCCACCAGCAGCACCACCACUACCAGCAACAACAACAACAACAACAACAGCAGCAACAACAACAACAACAACAGCAACACCAUCAACAACAGCAGCAGCAGCAGCAGCAGCAACAACUUCAGCUACAACACCACCAUCAGCAACAGCAGCAGCAGCAGCAGCAGCAGCAGCAGCAGCAGCAUCACCAACAGUUCCAGAGCGCCUCGCCCCCGCAGCCCCAGCCCCAGCCCCAGCUGCCGGUCCAGGCCGGACACUUCCCCCACCCGCACUCCCAGUACCACCUGCAGGGGGAGCAGUUCGCCAUGAUGAGCCGGGCGCACCAGAUGGUGGACAUGCUGACGGAGGAGAAUAAGAUGCUGAGGCAGGAGAUGGAGGCGUUCAGGGAGAAGGUCUCGAAGCUGCAGAAGCUGGAGAACGAGACCCAGCUGGUGUCGGAGGCCUACGAGAACCUGGUCAAGUCCUCCUCCAAGCGCGAGGCCCUGGAGAAGACCAUGAGGAACAAGCUGGAGCUGGAGGUGCGGAGGCUCCACGACUUCAACCGGGACCUCCGCGAGCGGAUGGAAACGGCUAACAAGCAGCUAGCUGCUAAAGAGUGUGAGGGGUCAGAGGACAACCGCAAGACCAUCUCCCAGCUGCACGCACAGAAUAAGGACGUGGUGAGGGAGAAGGAGAAGCUGGAGAUGGAGAUGAACUCUCUGCGCUCCACUGCGGAGGACCAGCGGAGACACAUCGAGAUCCGAGACCAGGCCCUCAACAACGCCCAGGCCAAAGUAGUCAAGCUGGAGGAGGAGCUGAAGAAGAAGCAGGUGUACGUGGAGAAGGUGGAGCGCAUGCAGCAGGCUCUGGCCCAGCUGCAGGCCGCCUGCGAGAAGAGGGAGCAGCUGGAGCACCGGCUCCGCACGCGGCUGGAGAGGGAGCUGGACUCUCUCCGCAUGCAGCAGCGGCAGGGCGGGGCUCACGGCGCGGGCGCGGCCUCCUCGGAGUACAACGCCACGGCGCUGAUGGAGCACCUGAGGGAGAAGGAGGAGCGCAUCCUGGCCCUGGAGGCCGACAUGACCAAGUGGGAGCAGAAGUACCUGGAGGAGAGCGUCAUGAGGCAGUUCGCCCUGGACACCGCCGCCUCCGUCGCCACGCAGAGGGAUACGUCGUCGUCGUCCAUAUGCCACUCCCCCAGCAGCAGCUACGACACGUCGGUGGAGGCGCGCAUCCAGAAGGAGGAGGAGGAGAUCCUGAUGGCCAACCGACGCUGCCUGGACAUGGAGAGCAGGAUCAAGAACCUGCACGCUCAGAUCAUCGAGAAGGACGCCAUGAUCAAGGUGCUCCACCAGCGCUCCAGGAAGGACCCCCACAAGGCGGACGGCCCCUCGGCCAUGAGGCCCUCCAAGAGCCUCAUGUCCAUCGCCAACGCGGGCUCCGGGGGGGGCUCCGGGCUGCUGUCCCACUGCCUGGCCCUGAGCAGCUCCCCCAUCACCGAGGAGAGGAGGGACACCGGCUGGAAGGGCAGUCUGGGGCUCCUGCUGGGUCCAGAGUACCGGACAGACUCCCUGAGGACGGAGUCCAUCUCCUCGUCUCCCUCCCCGGUGUUCCCCUCCACGCCGGCCACGGCGGGACACUCCAAGACGGGCAGCCGGGACAGCUGCACCCAGACGGACAAGGGCCAGACCCCGGCCCAGGACAGCUACCGGAGCAGCACCACGGGCCUGAACAGCCUCUCCGCGGGCCUGCAGAGCAGCAGCGGCGGCAGCGGCGGCGCCACCGGCCUGACCAGCAUCACCAGCCUGCACAGCGUCAACACGGGCCUUCAGAGCAGCAGCACGGGCCUGAACAGCCUCUCCACCGGCCUGCAGAGCCUGAGCCCCGGCCUGCAGAGCAUGACCCUGCCUGCCCGCCUGGGUCCCAGCCCAGUGUACAUACCGGACCGCCUAGCAGAUGCAGGGUUCCACAGCAGUACUCUGGAGAGGAGACCCCCGGUUCAGUCGCACUCCCAGCCCUCGGCCCUGGCCCUGACCCAUCAGCAGGAAGUAGACAACGACAUGGUCGAGAUUCUAAUCUGACACUGUCACUUUAAGAACUCUCCGGCGCCUCCUGCCUGGCGGUGGAAGAACAAAAUCAGCCCAACGACUUUGUGCGUGUGUGGGAAAACAGCACAGGCACACAGCCUCUGAUAAGUUGGUUGCGAGUACAAAAACAAAUACACGUACACACACACACACACACACACACACACACUUUGAAUUUCUGGUGAAGGAUGGCUCUAUUGGUUCUUAAUUUAACAUUUGGUGUUGAAUGCUCUCUGUAGAGGGUAUGACUAUGUUGAAAUGCACUAGUGUGUUUGACAAGAUGACAGUAUUGGUGGCAAUACAACGAGAGAGGGUUGGUAUUAUUGUUACGUUGUGCACAGAACAUACGGCAGCCGGGUGGAUCCACACCUUCUGGACUAUUAGCAUUUCACCAGUAGGCGGGACAUUCGGGAAAGGAGGACGUGAUUGGCCGUCGACAGCCAAUCAUAACGCUUGAUUGUUGAGGCUCCUCCCGACAUUUCCAAUGGUUAUUUCAUCAAUCCCGAAUGGAGCUUUCUACAACAAGUCUGUGUUGUCGGCCUCGUCGCCAGGCAGAUCAAUCAAAGUCACUUUUGACAGUGUUGCCAGAGGCCCCGCCCAUUCCCAGCACCCCUGGGUCCAAAUGUAUUGGCCACCUUUUAAUGCAUUUAUUGCACUACUUUUUUUGUAUUUUAUUUUUCUAAAGAGGGUGUUCUUUUUUCUUUUUUUAUUUCUUUACAAAACAUCCGACGUAGGUAUUGUAUUUAUGUGUAGAAUAUUAUUUACAAUAGUUAGGCAUGGUAAUGGGGUAACGAUACUGUACUCGACAAAAUACCCAUACCCUUGUAAAUACUGUAUAUGCGUAUGUAUGCUGUAAAAAAAAAGACCUAACCUUGUGGAGGAUUUGUGUGCGUGUGUGUGUGUGUGUGUGUGUGUGUGUGUGUGUGUGUGUGUGUGUGUGUGUGUGUGUGUGUGUGUGUGUGUAGGGGGGGGGGGGGGUUGAAGCAAAGCAAAGCAAGCCACUUUAUCACAUCACAUUGACCAGACACCAGACCCAUUAGCAAAAACCUGACUCGGACGCAGCCGUUUUGCUAGCAUUCACAGCUAGCCACGCAAGCCUGCUCAGAAGCUGGUAGGAAUACUGGUGGUGUCAGAAGCUCACAACGUCACCAUGGCGACGUCGCAGCGCCCAAUCGGUAGCUGAUGCAUUCAGACGGUCCCCAUAAGGAGAGCUGGCUGAACCACGCGCUGCCUCGCUGACAUCUCAGCGGCCCGGCUGUGGCUAUGCGCUAACCAGCCGCGGUGCAUGACCCUCACCCCCCGACGCACGACGCUACCGUUUGGCCCGCGGACGUCUGGGAAGGGAAGUUUGAGGAGUCGGCACUUUCACUGUGAUCCUGUUUUGACCCACGGGGCCAGUCCCCACUGGAUGGGGUUGGGGGGGGAGGGGCCCUAGAGUGGACCCCUGUCAGACUUGGGCCCCUUUCUAACGAUCCUGGAUGGGACGACCCUGCCUUAGGGUUGUUUCAGUUGUAACCCGGCACAGCGCCUAACCGCUCUCAGACUCUUUGAUGUGUGUGUGUGUGUGUGUGUGUGUGUGUGUGUGUGUGUGUGUGUGUGUGUGUGUGUGUGUGCGCAGUAGGCUUGGUGUGUCAGGGAUGACCGGUGAGUGACUGACGGCACGACGGGCAGGACAGUACAGGGGAUCACCGAUGUGCCUUCGCAGUGUUGCCAUGGUUUCCGUUUGCUCUGCCGCAACCGUGUACGGCCUCACUUUUUCCAAGAUUCACAAGUCACACAAGUGUUCACUUUUUUUUGAGCCCUGCUCGGAAUAGCAUACGAUCAUGACAAUACAGAAGAUGUAUACUGUUGGUUAGUUACGUUUAUUUGUUGCGCACACACCCCAUGUGGUCUACACUUUAUGAUAAGAAAACAAGCACAAACGUUUGCAGAUUUUUAUUUUUUUUUCCUGCGAAUACCAUCGAUUUAAUCAAAUCCGCUUUCCGGACUGCUGGAGCCUAGAAAUUAAAAAAAAAAAGAUGUUGGAUGUUUGAAAUUGAGCCUAUAAAAAGAAUGACAGAUUUUGUUUAGUGUGUUUGGCCGAACUGAAGGAGGCUGGAGUUAUUUGACGUUUUUAUGAUUUAAUCGUGUUUUCUCCAAAUGACAUUCUAUCUGCACUUAAAUUAUUAUAAUAUUGGUUUUGGAAGAACCAGCCCUGGCUACCAGUAAGGUGCGGACGAUUAGAAUCAAUCCUUCAUUGAAAGUCAAGACGAUUGGAAUUUCUCAGAAGUUCACGUUUUUGUUGUUUCGCCACUCCCAGAAUUCCAUGCAGUUAGACUAACGUGAACUUGAAGCUUAUGAACAGAAUGAACCAACUGGAAGACUUCCACUUAAAGCCAAAAUACUGGGACCAAAGAAGCUUUGGCUGGUUAGAUUGUGCAAAACUUGCCUUCUCAUAGUUUAAAGUCUGUCAAGAUCAAGAAUACAAUGCUUCGAAUUACAAUUAUGUACAUCAAGUAUUUGAUAUUUGUGUCUCAUUGUAUUAGAAACCUUGCCUUAGUGCCUGAUGCUAUCGUUGAAGCACAACAUGUAAUGUUUACGUCAGUAAGGGUUUUACUGUACGGGGGUGUCGGCUUGGAACUAAACCCGUGUGAACCACAACUUGUUGAAUGUUUAGACGCCAUUGGUUAGGAUUUGACGUGAAGAAGGGUGACCCUGUUACUGUUACAUUCCUGUCUUUCCUGGUGAGCUUUGAGGAGAACCAAGACAGGACUUUAGUGAGGAGAAGGGGGUCAUGUGGGAACUGCAGGCUCUGCAGAGCUGGGUUUGGAGUGAUUCAAAGAAUAUUGAAUGUUCCCUGUAAGGGAAAAUAUAAAACACACUAUACAAUCUGAGGUGAAUGGUUUGUCAUAACAUAAUUAAUUUAUAUUCACAUAUGAAUGCUGGCACAUUUAGCUAUACUCACCAACUUGUUUUUGUUCAUUUAUUAGAAAUGUUGAAUUCUAACUAUUGGGCCUUCGUUAUUUCUCUAAGACAAUAUCUUUCAACGUGUGCUGAUAUAUUCAUAUACAAGUUUGUUGUUUUUGUAGUUUGAAGCAAUCAUAAUGGCAAAGUGUCAAAGGUUACAGACUAAAUGUUUAUGCUCCUUCUGCCCCAUCAAGAGGCUUCUCUCCCUGUCGGUCAUGUGACUUUUGACUGUCACUCUAUUCAGAAAAUGAACUUGUCAAACGUGCACUUCAAAUUAGUUUAGUCGCCAAAUAUGCCUUGUUCAAACUGGUGACAAACUUGCAAGAUUUUGUAUCGAACAAAACAUUUCAGGUGUAGAAAACACAUUUCAAAAAUCACAUGCUUUUCAUGUCAAUCAGUCCAUGCCUGUCUGACUCUAACUCCUGUCAUGAAUUAGCCUGAUUAUGCCCCUUUUUGAUCAAGUAUUCGACCUAGAGAUAGUCGUCAUCAGCAAAAGAGAUGGAUUCAUUCACAGAUGGCUGGGAGUAAACCGUUCUAAACAGGAACGAUCAACGACAAUGUAAAGUAUGGUAGUGUUAUUCCCACCUCUGAACCGAACCUGUCCCACAAAACUCGGGUCCGAACAUCUUACGCAGUCUUACCCAGUGCCUUCUCACACAGAAACCCCCAGCGAGGCCCAAGCCUCGCAUCAAGGGAACUCCUACAACUGGUGCCCUCAUGUUUCUCUGCACUAUGCAAUUUUUUACAAUGUUUUAAAUGCAAAGCACUGACUACAUCCGCCUGUGUUCCGUACGCGCCGUCCUAAUUUACGUUUGGUUUAGGAAAGAAAAGCGAUCAAGUCUUGGGUCAAAACAUGUUAAAUUGUUCUUCCUACAGAUUUAGGCCAGGCGACCCAGCAUUCUGUGUGGUUUAAAGAAAAUGGCCGUGGUCGAGCAAAUGUAUUCGGCUGCAGCAGUACGUUCCGUUGGACGGCCGAAUCAUGUACCGUUACGAGCGCUUGCUGCAGAUAUCCUGGAGUCUGCACACACGUGCGGCUUGGUUUUUAUAUUGUUGUACAAUCACAUUUGCCGUAAAUGUUUUUGUUUUUUUUAACAAUUCAUAAUUUUGUCCACCUUGUUAUUUUAUAUACAUAUAAUGUUCAUCUCAUCCAGUUUAAUGUACUAUGGACCUAGUUUAUUUAGUUGGUUUAUAAUGUAUUUCAGACAAGUUCCCAAAAUAAAAAAAAAACUCCAAAUGUUUGUUUGAUAAAGAA